AUACAUUUUUCGUUUCCGGCAUCUCGGACUGCUUAGGAACACAUUUCGAUUAAUUAAAGGCUUUUAGUCUUUUAAUUAAUUCCGAUCAGAAAUCAACACAAUGACCAAGACCAAGACAGAGAAGAAGGCGAAAUCCGCCAUCAACGAAGUGGUGACCCGCGAGUGCACCAUCAACCUGAACCGUCGCCUGCACAAGGUUGGCUACAAGAAGCGCGCCCCGCGUGCCGUCAAGAUUGUGCGCAAGUUCGCCGAGAAGGAGAUGGGAACCAAUGACGUUCGGAUUGAUACCCGUCUGAACAAGGCUCUGUGGCACCGUGGAAUCCGGAACCCACCUUUCCGCAUACGCGUGCGCCUGUCCCGCCGCCGCAACGACGAUGAGGAUUCACCCAACAAGCCGUACACCCUGGUCACCUACGUGCCGGUGCCGGCGUUCAAGGAACUACAGACGGAGAAUGUUGAAUCGACCGACGAUUAGAUGAUGAUGCGCUGUAAAUUAUUUUACAACAAUAUUCAGAUAGAAUAAGAGUUGGGUGUGGUGCGUUCGGUUCAACGUGCUGCAAAACGUUGCGUUUUUUUGUAUGUUGGAAUAAAGGAAAAGAUUGGAGAGCAGAGUUGAAAAUAUAAGAAAAGUACUACAGGUGGAAA